AUGGCGUCGGCUGCGUCUGGAUUUGCACUGGUGACACCUGCAUCGCGUGGGAUUGGCUUCGCCCUUGCCCAGACAUUACUAUCUCAGACUAGUCUCCCUGUGGUGGCAACAGCGCGCAAGAACUGUGAUGAAGUCCGAGAAAGGCUCCUUUCUAGCAAGGGGCUACCUUCCAAUGCAGAAAAACGACUGCGCAUAUUGGAAGUCGAUGUCAAAGAUGAAUCCACAAUAUCAUCAAUGGCGGAUACCAUCCGCAGAGAAUAUCCAAACACACCACUGCGCCUCGCUCUAACGGUACCAGGCAUUCUCUACGUUGAGAAAUCGCCUUCUCAAAUCGAUGGCGCCAGCGCAUUGGACAGCUUCAAAGUGAACGCCCUCGGUCCGCUACUCCUUAUGAAGCAUCUCUCUCCAUUUCUUCCAAACAAGUCUGGGUCUGCGUUCCCGGUCACAGACGACCAACUGAAGCUGCCGUCGCAUGCCGUCUAUGCCAUGAUGGCUGCCCGCGUCGGGUCGAUCUCCGACAAUGCUUCGGGUGGCUGGUACUCCUACCGCGCGAGUAAAGCUUCUGUAUACCAGAUUGUCAAGACGUUUGACUUGUAUCUGCGUAGUCGAUGUGCUGAGAGGGCCAUUGCAGUGGCGCUGCAUCCUGGUACUGUGAAGACGGAUUUUACGAAGGAAUUCUGGAAAGGUAGAGAUAUGCUGGAACCAUUGGAUGCGGCGGAUCGGUUGUUGAAUGUUAUUGCGCGACUCCCAUCCGACUUUGAUGGUGGGAGGGGAAGGUGUUGGGAUUGGAAGGGGGAAGAGGUUUCCCCAUGA